AAUUGUCUCAACCUGGUACAGACUACCACAUGAUGUUGUAAAAUGUCAGAGCUCAAUCUUGCCAAAUACUCUGUUCGCAUCCGCGAUAUUCUCAGCAACGCCGACCUCGAUACAACCACUGCCAAAAGCGUACGAAGACAACUUGAACAAGAGUACAAUGUCGACCUUUCACCGUGGAAAAAGGAGGUCGACGCAUGUAUUCUGGAUAUUCUCGAUGAGCUGGAACGGGGGGAUGAAAACGACGAGGUGGGCGAGAUGGUGGACGAAAGCAUAAAGGAGGAGAAGUCCAAAGACGAAGUAAAAGAGGAGCAAAAGGUCAAGCAGGAGGACUUGAAAACAUUUUUGUCACCGCCCCCUGACAAGCCGGUACCAGUGAAGCGGAAAAAUGGAGCAGAUGUCAAUGGAUCGAGGAAAAAGGUAAAGUCAGAAGACUUUGUGUUCUCGGACGAGGAUGAGUUGGAAGAGUCUUUGGAAGCAACAGCAGGAGAUGAAGAGCUCGCACGACAAUUGCAAAGAGAGGAAGAUACCGCAAAUCGACGCACCCGAAGGUCCGGUACUGCGUCAACACCCUCCACGAAGAAAAAGUCUACCGCAAAACGAGCAUCAUCGAAACCUUCCGCUUUUACCCGUCCUGUUGUCCUGAGUCCCGCGCUCUCUACCUUUGUUGGCGGUGCAACUGAGAUGCCUCGUCAUACAGUCGUCAAAUUACUCUGGGCUUACAUCAAAGAACAUGACCUGCAAGAUCCAAAUGACAAGCGAUAUAUCCUAGUAGACGACGCCCUCCGGCCAGUGUUUGGAUCUAGACAACGUGUUGGAAUGUUUGGAAUGAAUAAGAUUCUGUCCAAGCACAUGAUGAAGAGUGAUGAGGUUGUGGGCGGACGAACUUUUGGGAGCGUGGAGGACGACGAUGACCUCUGUGAUUCUGAGGUUGAAAAGGUCAAAUCGCCAAAACCAAGAGCGAAAAAGGCGCGAAAAUCGGGCAAUGGAUUAGCGCGAACAAACAAUGCCUUCCAUCGGCCUUGGUUGUUAAGUCCGGAGCUGGCGGCAUUGCUAGGCAAGUCUGAAUUGCCCAGGCCCCAAGUAGUCAAAGGCAUUUGGGAUUAUGUCAAAGGCAACGACUUGCAGGACCCUAGCAAUCGCAAAUUUAUUCUGUGCGAUGCGGCCCUGCAAAAAGUUUUCAAGACGGACAGAGUCAGCGGCUUUGGCAUGAACUCUUUAUUAAGCCAACAUCUCAUGAAGAAGGAAAUCGCUGACUCUUCAGAUCAAAAAGAGGAAAUGGCUGAAGAUGAUCCAGAGAAAUCGGUUAAAACCGAGGAUGAUCUGUCUGAUGAGUACAGCAGCAUAUCUGAUGGAUAGCGUUUAAUCGCUAAUGUAUACCUAUGGGAAUUGGACUUCCCAUGUAUGAGUCUUUGCCAAAUUUUUGGCUUUAUAGAUAUGUAGCUCUCUUGCCCAUAUCGUUUUCUAGUUUUCAAAUACCACAUCAUAUCACAAACCA